UUUACAUCCGCGAAACCCUAGCCACGGUAUAUAACCUCCCUCUGUCGCUUCCCAGCCGAGGCCUCGCACGCGCGCCGCCGCCGCCACCCAGACCUCGCCGCCGCGCCGCAGACGCCCUCUACACGUCGCCGAGAUGACGAAGCGCACGAAGAAGGCUGGAAUCGUUGGCAAAUACGGCACUAGGUAUGGUGCCAGCUUGCGGAAGCAAAUCAAGAAGAUGGAGGUGUCUCAGCACUCCAAGUACUUCUGUGAGUUCUGUGGGAAGUUUGCUGUGAAGAGGAAAGCAGUUGGAAUUUGGGGAUGCAAGGAUUGCGGAAAGGUCAAGGCCGGUGGUGCUUAUACCAUGAACACUGCUAGUGCGGUCACAGUCAGGAGCACAAUCCGUCGCUUGAGGGAGCAGACUGAAGCGUGAUUGCAACUCUUUUGUCUCUUAGAUGUUCUGGGGUUUUGUAGUUUUGAGUCAAGACUUGAAAGUCACUAAAUUUUCAUAUAUUUGGCCAAAGAAUGUUCUUCAGUAUUUUUUGGGUUCUGCUUUAGGAUCUUUAAAAUACGGUGGUGAAGUUUGUGCUCUGUUGAUGUCUCAAGCUUGAUCAGUGAUUUGUGAUCCUAUGCCCAAUUUCAUGGUGUUGA